AUGGAGCUUCUCGAUCCCGCAACAGGCACCGCCCUCCCGAACGAUGCCAUCCAGCGCAUCCUCUUCGUCGCCAACGCUGUCCACGUCUACAACAUCCCUCCCCUGACCUCAACAAAAGGCUACAACGCAAGCACAUGGACCGCCGAGCCCCAGCGUCACAUCUUCACCGCACGGCUGCGCGUCGUCGAGACCGCUUACGAAUCCGCCUCGGAAACCAACAAGCUCAAGGUCGACGCCGUGCUUGAGGACGCAUCGACGGGCCAGCUCUUUGCCGCAGCGCCAUACACCGCUCCCGGUGUUGUAGAGCCGGUCCUCGACAGCAGCCGCUUCUUUGCUCUCACAGUUCGCGAUCCUCAAGGUCGCAAGGCUAUGCUAGGUAUUGGCUUUGAGGAGAGGAGUGAGGCGUUCGAUCUUAGCAUUGCGCUGCAGGAGGCGAGAAAGGCGUUGGGCUGGGAGGGCGAGCAGAAACCAUCCGCGGGGAAGGAAAAAGAGGAGCACAGAGAUUACAGCCUCAAGGAGGGCGAGACUAUCACGGUGAGCUUUGGUGGGUCAAAGUUUGGCAGGCGGAAACAGCAGGAUAGUUCGGCUGGGGGAUCGGGAACUGGAGGUGAUCUCCAGUCCUUUGCGCUACCGCCACCACCCGCCGGACCAAGUUCUUCAGGCGGCUUCGCAUUACCGCCCCCGCCGAGCGCGCAGGAUAUGAGGCAGCAGAAGAAGCAAUCGGCCAAGGAACUUGGGUUCGAUGAUGGACAGUUUGGAGAGUUUGCGUAA